GUCGCAGCAUCACUUUUGGCGCAGUGAGAUCCAGCUCCUGAACACACCCUGCUGCUGCUGCUGCUGCUGCAGCACCGUGCAGAACAGCCUCACACACACACACUGACAGCAGCAGCAGUGAGAGGACACACUCCUGUCCAUCCUCACCGAGACAAGACAAGAGACAAGACAAGAGAGACAUUGCUGUAGGAACUCAGUCCAGCAGCAAGAUGGACAGCAAUGAUAAAGACCCACUUCCUGUCAGGGGGACGCUCUCCCCGGGGGAACUGCAGUCCCACCUGAAGAUGGAGCCCAAGACUCUGGGGGCGAUCCAGAUUGUCAUUGCGGCUUUGAUUCUGUGUCUGAGCGCGUCCGUGCUCCAGAUCCACGAGGUCCACUUCACUGGAGACAUCGCCCUCUUCCUGAUCGUUGUCAUACAGGUGACGCUGUCUGGGUCGGUGUUGGUGCACAGCGGGAGGCGACCUACUCUCUUCUGGGUGAAGUGCAUGCUCGUGCUGCAUCUCAUCAGUGCCGCGUUUGCCACCGCUGCGCUGGGUCUGAUGUCCAAACACCUGCCGUACAGACAGGACUCGUACCACUGUGAACACUGCCGCACACUGGAGCUGCACGCUGUGCAACAUUGUUUCAGGAAAUGCACCGGGCUGAUCGAGCAAAAGUGUAAACUGCUGAUUGACGGCAUCCUGGGGACGCUGGUGAUCUUCCUGGUGCUGGAGCUGUUGAUCUGCAUCACAGCCAUGCUGUUUGGACUCAGCGUCCUCGCCGCUGGUGGAGCUCAGGCUCCCAGCCAGAGACCCGUCUAUCCACAGACUCGCCCUCCACCUGUUCCAGCUGUGCAGGCGUCUCCAGUUGCAGCUGAACCAUCUCAGCAGGUGGCAGUAGUGGUGACUGAACCAGAUUCGGAUCAGAUGGAUUACCUGUCCACCCCGCCCACUGAGCCGCAGGUGGAGCCCAUCGACACUGUGGCGUCAGAACCGUGAACUGACCCACUCUGCUCCCUGUGCUGUCGCGUCAUGUCACCUCACGGAUGUCAGCUAAUCCUGUCAGGCUCCCCCUGGUGGUCAUUAGAUUCUCUUUAAUCUCACAAAGACUCACAGAUUAAAACUCAGGUGACACAGUGAUGGGAAUAAAUCUACAGCCACAGUGACAGGAAGAGCCGACAUCAUGAGAUCAAAAAAAGUUUUACAUGUGAAUAUCCUCUAUUUUAAAUGGAUAGUUCAGGGUUUUUUAAGUGUGGUUGUUUGUUUGUAGUGACAGCCAGAGACACGGACAGUCACACUGAAAACAUGGCUAUGCUGCUGUUAGACAUGCAUUUGUGACUGGAAUAUGAUGGCCCGGUAAACCGCUCACCUUCUCUGUCCAAAGUCCAUCGAGAAAAUCAUCGAUUUUACAUCACAGCACACAGAGCGCGUUGUUGCACCGCUGCCUCAUAUUUUAACUCAGUGAGUUAAACGGUGUUAUUUUGUGAGUUUAGUGUUAGAAAAACCUUCUUCAGGGUUUCGCAAAGUAAUACAAACUUGGCCAAAUGAGGAGUCAGAAGACCAGCUGCUCUGGUGUUUCCUGUGAGCUAAAAACAGUGACUUUCACAAUGGACUUUGGUGUAGGUGAAGACCGUUUCUUCACCUACCAAAGUCCAUUGUGAAAAUUGUGCAGAAACUUAAGUUUCCAGGCAGAAUGGUGAUUGUCUGAUGGUGAGAUAAAGUAGUGAAAGUAGUAGUGUCAGCACUUUUUUUACAACCACACUUAAAAAAACCAUGAACUAUCACAGUUACUUGUGGCAUGACAUGAACACAGCAUCAGUGUUAGCACUGCUGCGUCUACAGUACAGUACAGAACUUUGUGCUUAUAAUAUGAAUCCGUGUUAUUAGCAGUGUUGAUUUAUUCUGCAGAUGCUAACGCCAACUCACACAAGUAUAGUCAGAGAAAUAAAACUAACACAGGAUAUUUUUACUUCAGUAAUAUAAUAAUGUGUAUACAUUUAGUAUAAGUAGAGAAAAAGGGAUGCUCCUUGUAACCUGACACUAUACUGUUUUGCCAAGCACUUUAACCUCUUUUGCUUCAAUGUAUUUGACUGUAAUACCAAUUAUAAAGGUACAAACUUUUGGUUGAAUUUAUGUUAAUUCAUUAUUAUUCUAAAACCAUCAAUACCACUCCACAGUUAACUGUCCCUUCACUGCUGGAUCUCAUAGUAGAUUAAAACAGACGCGUCCCCCAAUUAAAAUGCUGUAAUAUGUGGAUAUACACUAUUUAUCACUUAUUAAAGAGAUGGAUAAUGACACAGGCAUUAUUUAAAAACCUAAAAAGGUCACAAAACCACAAAAAACUGAAUGUAUCAAGAUUCAAGAUUUAAAGUGUUUAUUGUCAUAUGCACAGCAAGAAACACGUUUCCCUGUACAAUGAAAUUCUUACUUUGCUGUCCACUCAAAAAUAUCAGCAAAAAGUAAACAAAGAAAUAGAAAUAAAAAUAGUAUAUAGAUAUACAUAAAGAAAAAAAAUAUAUAAAAAAAUAUAUAUACAUAAAAAUAUAUGUAAAUAUAUGCAUAUACAGGAGAAAUAUCUGCAUUAUAUACAAGAGAACACAGAUCAGGGAACCUUACUAUGUGCAAGGUGCUGUGCGCAACUAACAGAUGUAAAGUGGCAGUGACAGAUUUAAAGUGACAAGUAAGAUUUAAAGUGACAGAGAUGUAAACAGAUGACUUUAGUGUAGUCCGUUCAGCUAUUGACUAUUCUGAUAGCAGUGGGGUAGAAAGAGUUUUUAAAACUCUCCUACUCUUCCGUCUGUCUGCUCUGUACUUUGUCAUAAGGUCGCUGUUAACAAAGUACUUCUUUCUCAUAAAAUCACAAGAGUCGGGAUUCAAAAUAAAAUGUCAGUAUGUCACUCAGUCGUCCUGCACUGGCUUGUUCAUAUCUGUGGAAACCACUGGAUCUGGCAUGAUUUACCUGUAAAUGACUGUAUGAACAUUUUAACGAGUGACAAAUAAAGUCAAUGGUUAAUGGAA